AACAAAAGAACACCAACCUUAACCUCCUCCUCCUUCGCGCCGCCGCGCGCCUCAUCCUCAUCUCCAACCCAUCAUCAAUGGCGACCAUUACCCACUUCCUCUUCUCCCCUCUUCUCUCCCCCAAACCCAAACCAAACCUCAAGCCCUUCAACCUCUCCGCACUCCCCCUCAAUCCCCUCGCUCUCCGUCGCUCCUCCACGCCCCAUCCCUUCCCUUUCUCCACCCCCAACUCUCUCAGGCAUUCCCACAAACACCUCGCGUGCAAACCUCUCAACUCCUCCAUCCUCCCCCAGUCUCUCCCCUCCAUUGACGACCUCUCCAACCUCACCCCUCUAACCAUCUGCAAAUGGUCUGCCGUCAUCGCCCUCGCCGUCUUCGCCACUAAGAAGACCAUCUCCACCCUCCUCAACCCCUUCUUCUGGACCUACUUCAGCUGGAGCUGGAUCUUUUGGCCAUGGCUCCUUGCUAUCUCUCUCGCUAUCUACGGCUUCUAUUGCUUUUACAAGCACUACACCGGCCAAUCCUCCCUUUUCGAGCAGCUCGCUAUUGUCACAUCCACCAUCACAUGGCUCACUCUGGUCCCGCCGGCGCAUUUCAACGGCUUCCUCGAAGGUUGGCCUAUCGCGCUCUUCUUCAUCUACCACUACUUAUUCUUCUUCGAGUCCACCGUUCGUCGCCGUCUCUAUGGCGAUCUCUACCCCCGCGCCCAUGAUCCCAAGUGGGAUAUCACUCUCCCGCUUCCAUUCCGCAUGGGAUUCGCCGUGCUUGUUUUGGUUGGUCAUUGGCUAGCGGCAUUCGAAGGGCCGGAGCUGCAUUUGAUUUCCGGCGGGUGGGCGAAUUUCGCCACAUGGGUGUUCGUUGCUGUAGUGAUGUUCAUGCGCUACCAUUCUAUUCUCUACUUGUCCAAAUACUCGGAGAAGGUGGCGGUGCCGACAGCGGUGGUCCAGUUUGGGCCGUAUAGGUGGGUGAGACACCCUAUCUAUGCGUCUACAAUGCUGUUGUUUGCUUUGCAUUGCAUCACGCUGCGAGCCCCGCUGAGCUUGUUGUUCAUUGUUGCUACUUGUUUGGUGUAUUAUGGGAGGAAGGCGGAGGUCGAGGAGACUCUACUGGUGGAGCAGUUUGGAGAGAAGUAUAAGGAGUACGCUGACAAGUGAGUGCAGUGCAGGGAGUGGAAGUUCACUAAUUAAGCAGCAGAGAGGUGUAAUCCAGCAACCCAGAUGAGUUGAUUGAACUGAUCAUGAGUACUUAUUCUGCCAGUGAUUUAACUGCAACACAGAGCUGUGUUACUUUUAAGUUUCAGUAGAUCUGUAAAGGGGUAUCAGCUUUCCAAUUCAGAGAACUUUUAUGCUUUGGCAAACUUGGGAUAUUGUGAUAUAUAUAUUCAUGAAAAGUAUCAAGUAUGCAUUAAUUAAUUUUUCAA